AUGCAGACGCCGGGUUCAUUCGGACGGGCGAGGUCCUUCGGCGCGCACUUGGAUGGCCCGCGGUGCUCGGCCGCGCGGGAGCCGAAUCCAACAGAUGCGGUCUGGAAAGUGGCGGGCGUCUACCAUUAUGUUCUCGAGUCGCCAUUGUUUCCGUCAGCUGGGCGGACUGGGACCGAGAAUGUGUUCGCACAGCUCCGUCAGGCUCUUGCCGCUGUUCUCUUCCCUGUUCCUGUCGCUGGCGAGACUGUGACCUUUGCAUAUGCCUCCGACGUAAUCCGUCCUCGAGAAUUUGCCGCAAAAUCUCUUCCUCCAUAG